AUGGAAAUGUCUAACUUGGCAUCUAAACUGAAAGCAGUUAAGUUAGAGCUUAGUGAAGACCUACUUGUGCAUUUAGUUUUUAUCUCACUUCCUACACACUUUGGGCAAUUCAAAGUGAGUUAUAACACUCAGAAGGACAAAUGGUCCCUUAAUGAGCUUAUAUCUCACUGUGUGCAAGAGGAAAAGAGGCUGCAGAGAGAUAGAUUUGAAAGUGCUCAUUUAAGUUCCACCUCUCAGAAUAAGAAAAGAAAGAAAACUAAGGGUGUUGUUGAAGGGUCUUUUCAGCAAAAGAAACCAAAGAAGGAUGAGAGAUUUACCUGCUACUUCUGCAAGAAAUCUGGACAGAUGAAGAAAAAGUGUCCCAAGUACGCCAUAUGGCGUGUCAAGAAAGGUAAAUCUCUUGCCCUUGUUUGUUCUGAAGUUAAUUUAGCUUUUGUACCUAAAGAUACUUGGUGGGUAGAUUUUGGUGCUACUACUCACUUAAGUGUAACCAUGUCGGGUUGCCUGUGGAGCCAACUGCCAAGUGGUGACGAAAGAUUCAUAUUUGUUGGCGAUGGCAAAAAGGUUGCAGUGGAGGCUAUAGGAGCUUUUAGAUUGCAACAGUACUUUAUCUCGUUCAUAGAUGACUACUCUAGAUACGGUUACCUUUAUUUGAUACAUGAGAAGUCCCAAUCCCUAGAUGUUUUUAAGAGUUUCAAGGCUGAAGUUGAACUUCAACUUGGAAAGAAAAUUAAGGCUAUCAAAUCUGACCGUGGUGGUGAGUACUAUGAUAGAUAUGAUGGAUCAGGAGAACAAAGUCUAGGAUCUUUUGCGCUUUUUCUCAAAGAGUGUGGAAUUGUUCCGCAAUACACUAUGUCAGGCAAACCUAGCAUGAAUGGUGUUGCAGAACGACGAAACUGA